AUGAGGAUUAAAAAGUUUGAGGAGGAGAUCAAGAAAGUAGAUGAUAUGGUCAGUAAAGGAGUGCAUGAUGGAACCUUGGAAGCAAGAAGGAAGGCACUGGUCAGCUCUUGUAAGAGGUGGUAUAUCAGGAAGGAGGUACAUUGGAAGCAGAUGUCAAGAUCCAGGCAUGCAAAGGAGAUGGACAAAAAUACUCGGUACUUUCAUAAUUUAGCCUCAUCUCGAAGGAAGAACAAUCGGAUUGAUGCUUUAAUGAUUCAUGGAAGAGUAGUGAGGAAUCAAGGCAGGAUUAAGAUGGCUAUAAGAGAUUUCUACAAGGACUUGUACCAACAGGAGGUGUCACCUAACGUAGGCUUUCGGGAUGGGUUAGUAAUGCAGAUAGAUAUGGAAGAGGUAAUAGAACUGAAGUUGAUGCCAUCUGUUGAAGAGAUAAAGCAGGCAGUACGGGAUUGCGAGUCAACAAAAGCACCAGAAAGUGACGGAUAUAAUAUGAAUUUCAUCAAGAAGUGUUGGGAAGAAGUUGGGCAGGAGUUUACUGGAGCAGUCUUGGAUUUUUUCGGUCUUCUAGGUUACCUAGAGAUUCGAAUAUCACUUGGGUGGCGCUGGCGCCGAAGUUUGUUGGGGCUAAAGAAAUAA